GCCGAGCGGCUGACGUGGGACGAGCUGCCAGGUAGCGGAAGCAGCCAGCCGCCGGCGGAGACACUUCGCAGCGUGGCAGCCCGGGUCUGCGCCUGAAGCCUCCAGAUCCCAGCCAGCUUGGUCCAACCCUCGCCAGUCGCAAUCCCCUGUGCCCAAGCCAAUCUACGCCGAGAGCGGCAGCAUGCAUGCAGUGUCGCGCCCCGGGCUCUGAAAGCAGCCCCUGAACAAGCUUGCUUGCCUGUCUUUUUAGAUUUUGGGGCUCUUGGCUACACGGAUGUGCCUCCCUCCCUUGGCAUGAUGGGGAUCUUUUUGGCGUCUGUUGGAUUUGUGUUCUUUUCCGUGUUAUAUGUACAGCAAGGGCUUUCUUCUCAAGCAAAAUUUACCGAGUUUCCGCGGAACGUGACUGCGACCGAGGGACAAAAUGUGGAGAUGUCCUGUGCUUUCCAAAGCGGCUCCGCUUCAGUGUACCUGGAGAUCCAAUGGUGGUUCCUUCGGGGACCAGAGGACCUGGAGCAUGGAACCGAGGCGGCUGGCUCUCAGGUGGAGCUCUUACCCGACAGAGACCCGGACAAUGACGGGACCAAGAUAAGUACAGUGAAAGUCCAAGGCAAUGACAUCUCCCACAAGCUUCAGAUCUCCAAAGUGAGGAAAAAGGACGAAGGCUUAUAUGAGUGCAGGGUGACAGAUGCCAACUACGGGGAGCUACAGGAACACAAGGCCCAGGCCUACCUGAAAGUCAAUGCCAACAGCCACGCGCGGAGAAUGCAGGCCUUUGAAGCCUCGCCCAUGUGGCUACAAGACAUGAAGCCUCGAAAGAAUGUGUCAUCCGUGGUUCCCAGCAGCAUCCACAGCUCUGCCAACCAACGAACGCACUCCACUUCCAGCCCUCAAGCGGUAGCCAAAAUCCCCAAACAAAGUCCACAAUCAGCAAAGAGCAAAUCGCCUGUAAAAUCUACGGAGCGGACAGCAAAGUUGACCCUAAACUCCAAGCACCAUUCUGCACCCCUGUACUCUAGUUACCUACACAAGGAACAUCAGCUUCCGGAAGCAUAAGUGAAGAGGCUAUUACACGCUUUAUUGAUAGUAUUUUCUUUGGGAAGUCGCUGAUCUUUUAUUUGAAGAGAAUUAAUGCGAAGCGAUAGGACAUUUUCUAAUAACAAGAUCUGGUUUUUUGUUUUGUUUUGUUUUCUUUCAACAAAUAAAAUCUACAUUUCACUAACUGCUCAGGAGUUGGCCUGAAAGUCAUCAGUAUAGUAGAUAUUUCCAUGGAUUCCACCAAUUUCCUACUAAGGAACACCUAAUCCGAAUGAAGCAAACAAAGAUAGGAAGCCUAAGACAUGCAAACUAUCUUCAAGCAGCACCCCAGCUGAGGAAACAAAAAAAAAACAAAAUGCUGGACACUACGGAUCAACAGCACGCAACUUUAUUUUACAUAAGGAAGAAUCAGAGCAAUUUUUUUUUCGAAAAAAAAAAAAAACAA